GCACAUUUAAGUUACCUUAUUAUGUAAACUUCAUUCGUUUGCAAAGGAUCCGGAAUUUGUUUAGAUUUUAUCCUCUUUGUUGAAUCGAAAGAUUAGCGUUUUUAUUGAAAGUCAUGGGUUUCAACGAAAACCUAUACAUGAUAGGAUCUACUUUACUUGUGUUGGGAUAUACUUGUGCAACUGUAAGAGGUAGUGAUUCAUUCACAUAUGAAAGUAAUAACAAGAAAACCUCGGAACCAGCAUGCUACGGCUCUACUUACACAAGUUUUGUCAACUUAAGUUGUCCACAGCCAGAGGUCGUGUAUCCAUUAGAAGUGUAUGUCGGAGCGAAGCCUAAUUCUACGGGAUGUCUUGACUUUGAAAACGAUUACACAGAACAUGAUAAGGAUUUAAAAGAAAAGUGUUGCAGAAAUAUAAACGAGACCACUGAUUGCACUGGCGAAUACAACGGCCCAAACAGGACACUAAUUAUUGAAACUUGCAUGGGUCUUAGCCUUUGUAAAAAUAUACACGUUGUAUGGGAAUCGACCAGCAAUAUGUCUUGCUCGGCUGAAUAUCACUAUAAAUCAACAACUAAUUACGCAUAUCUAGAUUAUUUCUGCAUAAAAAAAGCCACAAUAGGAACGCCAGUUCGAAAUCACAGAUAUCAAAGCCGUAAUUCCGGCAUGUUUUAUCUAACAGCCAACGAUAUUAACUCUUACAAGAGUGGCAUGUUGGACCGAAAUGUUACAUGCAGUAUAACAGCGUCUACUAACCUUUCAACCAUUGAGGUCUGGAUUAUGGACCUUCGAUUCCGAAGAGAAUCCCUCCAGAAAGUGGUUAUAUAUGAUGGAUCGACGGGAAAACGGUUAGGAGGGUCAAAUCAUACUCGGCCAUUUUUGCAGCCGAUUUCAAGUUCCUCCAGUAUUAAUAUUACCUUCGAAACAGUCAGGAGCAGUGACGAGUUUCUUUGGCUCGGGUUUGCAGCAAAUGAUGCCUAUAUUGUGAUUGCGUGUGACGUAUCAGAUGGGACGCAAAUCACAGGCGAUGUUGAACCACUCUCCCAGGAAAAAAAGCAGAAUGGUUAUAUGGUAGCUGGCAUAGCUGGAGGGAUUGGGUUUCUAGCAGUCUGUGUUAUAAUUGGCUUUAUGGUGCACAGAAGGAUCAAAGCAAACAAAACAAAUAGAAAAGUAGAAGAUGACAGAAGAAACCUUCCAAAAAACGAAGACACUCCUGGAAUGAACAAUGUAUCAAACAACGUUAAAGAGCUGCAAUAGCUUCGGAAGUGUCAACUUAAGGCUGAAAAAAACAUUAUCACACAUAGCCGAGUGGAUAAAGUGUCGAGCUUGUGAUCAGUACAUUCCGAAUUCGAAUUCUGAAGGGUUUUUUCUUGUCACUUUUUUUUACCUCCAUUUUUCCCAAACUGCACAUUUUUCUCUUUUUUGACAUACAUAUAUGUACAGUUUAUUUAUUAUUAUAUCUUUUAUAAUCAAAUAAUUAACUGUUAAUUUGAGAGACUUUUUCCAGGUGUGUUAUUCACCUUAACAUUUUUUAUAUUGAACGAUGAUGAUACAAUAUUUUUGCGAUUAUAAAUAUUGAUGUGCGAUUUUAGUGGAUACGACACAUGAAAUGAGUAGGUAGAAAAUGCCACAUUUGAUUGAUUCAUUGUUCCACGUUAAAAAUAUUCCUUAGAAUCUUAUACGGUUGUUUUCCAUCCGAGGCUUAAAGAAUAUGAAGUGAUUAUGAUAAAUAUAUACAUGUAAAUCUGUUUUUCAUAAUACUCUCACACAGUAAAGAAGUGUGUGUAACAAUAGAUUAUUUUCUCGUAAUACUUAAUCAUGUGUUAUGAUUUUGAUUCUACUGUCAUUACAUCCGAUUUAUUAUUAGUUACCUUCGUCGAUUUAUUUCUAAAGUCGUUUUUUUUUAUAAAUACACCCGCACGAUAUUGUCCAUAUCAAAAUGGUCAUUAACUACUAGAUAAAUGUCAACGUUAUAAAAGGCUCUUAAAACUUUUGAUAGAUACAUGUAUGUUACCAUCAAACCAAGUACGUUCCUUUUUAAUUUGAAGUUUCUCUCUAAAAAUACACGUACAACUUGGAAAAUGUGCAUGCUAUGUUUAAAGAGGCAUGCAUGGUUACGAUUUUGGUUAAAAUUCUUUGACCGAUUUUUAUAUUUACAAUUCGGCAUUUUUGAUAGGCAACCGAAAUUUAUAGGGUUUUUCGUUGAGUUAUAAGCAAGUUACAGAGCUUAAAAUUCUCUCCAUUGAAUGUAAAAAGGCGUUUGUUUACAUUACAAACGUGAAAUAAAAAUCUAGUUUUAGACCUAAAAUAAAUGUGUUAAACGUUAGAAACUGUUUAUCUACGCUGAAAUACAUAAAAAGAUUGACAAAUGAGAUGGAAACAAAAUUUUUACUUGUAUAUUGAACUUAGUAUGUAAACAAAAACAGAUCAGGAGCCUUGUUUACAUGACAAAGAAUUGUGAGCCCUCUAUCUUGCUUAUUACUCCACGAAUGACUCUCAAAUUUUAAUUGAUCAUUAGAAAUACAUUAUAUUCCUAAAGUAUUGUAAAAAAUAAAAACAAAAAAAUAAAAUUUGACCAAAAUCGUAACCAUACCACUUGAAACAAUGAGAUGCUUUUUAUCGUGCCAGCACAUACAUAUUUAGAGUGACAAGGGAGACUCCACUAUAUCACCAGUUGAAAUGAACAACAUGGUCAAGUAAAUGCAGAAGCAUAAUUGUUUUCAAGGAAAUGUAUUUAUAAAUACAUUGAAAUUAGUCAGAUUUAAAAUGGUUCGAGCAAUUUAGACAUUUUUAUUACAGUCGAAUUUCUACUCCAGAGUUCAAUAUUGCUUGGAUCCAAUUAUUUCGACUAUUGAUACACAAUGCAUCGUAGAGUUUGAUGGAAUGAAUGCUAACUUUAAAUAUUUUAUCUCUUGCUUGAAAGCCUUGUCGAAAAAGUCCAAUAAUUCAUAUUAGAAAAAAAAUGUGCGUAUUUAUUAAUAUACAGCUAUAAGAAACUACUUGCUCUGUAAAAUUUCAUAUCUUUGUUUUUAAAAUAUAAUAAUCAACAAGUUACUGUCCUUUAAAAAAGGACUACAUUACGUGGACCAUUUGCAUGUGUUUCCAACGAAAACGUGAAAGUCUUAAGAUUAUCAGAGAUUCCACCGACUCUAGCCCUCUGCUUUUUACCACUUAAUUUUGUACGUUGUAUUACGUAUAUAGCCCGGACUUUUUAUCUCAGAAUUUAAAGGGUUCAUACUUCUAAAAUAAUUUUGAUCUAUCUAUGAAUGAAGUUUGCAUGUAUAGUAUCAGGCAUUCGGUGAAUUCUACUAUUUGCGCACACAUUACGAUUCGCACUACUUUGUUAACUAUGCAGUGACAGCUUUGUAGAAAUAAAAAUUUCAUAUUU